AUGCGGUGGCAUGACAGACGCCAAGUCUUGCUAUCGGAUGAUGGGAGAUUUGCACUCUAUGAUGAGUACUGGAACAAAUCCUUGAUGACAGCAAAGGUCGAGUACUAUUUUGAGAAUCUACCGGAAGACGUUCGUGGAGUUUCUAAAUGGGAGAACGACGAGGGCAGAAUCUAUACAAACAAUCUGGUAUACAUCUACAAAGUGCGGAAGAACGCAGUCGAGGGCAAAGGAAUCCCAUUGCCAACUUUCCUUCCGCUGCUAGAAACGAUUGUUCCAAUUGUACCUAUAAAGUUUAUUUGA